UAUAUGAGGAAUCAAAAAUUUGUUUUUGUUUACGUGGUCUCCAAGUUAUUAACAUAGACAUAUCAUCUUGUUAAAUUUUUAUGUUAUUUAUUUUGGAAAGUUAUUUUCUUAAAACUAAUGGAUUAGCGUUCAUGUAACAAAAGAUGAACGGAAAACUGAUUGCAGCAAACAUAUUUGAGUUACUGGCAUUGCUGCUACAGAUCAUAUGUAUUGGCCUUCCUUACUGGUAUGGCCAGUCGCCAACGUAUUACGGCCUUUUUGAAACAUGCGCUAGUGUCAACGGCGACUACUAUGUUUGUCGUUCGUAUGGCGCAGGUGGCACUGCGCAACCGGACUGGCUCGCUGCAACUGCUGGGUUAGAGGUUGUAGCACUGGCUCUUAUUUUCUUCGCCUUGGUUACCGGUUGCUGCGCAAUUUGCUGUGUCAAAACUGACGUUGUUUUAUACGUCAUCGCAGCGAUCUUGGCUUUAUUUGCGGCUUUGACCGGAACUGCCGCAAUAGUAGUGUUUGGUGCCAAAUUCGGAGACGAUAAUGCAUGGGACGGAUCACACCUACAUGCUAGUUUCUAUUUGGCCAUAUUUGCUACACUGUUCACACUGAUAGCUGGAAUCUUGUAUCUUGUGGCGAAACCAAAAUCAGCUGUCAAGUCUUUUGAAGACUUUGAUGACUAAAUAUCACCAUUCAAAGAAAUGCAUAUUGUGAUUUUUGUAUUGGUUAAAGAUACACGUGACUUAUGUAGAUUCCUCUUAACAGACCAAGACAUAUAUAAUUAUUUACAUUUAUCUCGCUUAAUUAUAUAAAUAUAUUAUUCUCGAACGUGCAAUCAUGAAAAUGUGCUAUUUAUCAUUUUAAUUUUAUGUCUUAAAAUCGUUUGUAUUUGUCAUCUUAUAUUAUGUCAUAUCAUAGAGAGCAACUAUAUACGGAACGCUUAGAUACGGUUCUGAAUUAUACUUAAUAUGACAAAACGUAUUAAACUGGUACAUAGCCAA